GUGCUUGCGAGGCACCAGCAGCCACACACACUCUGCGGGUCCCCGCCAGCGCUGGCAACGGUCUCGUCGCAAGUGGGACUCCAAGCACACUACUCCGUGGCAGGCCAAAUAUUGAAGGAGAUCUCCACUCGCAGCAUGCGCUCUGCUGCCGCCGCCGGCGUGGUGGCGGCGUUGGUCAUGGCCGUCUUGACUGCUGUUGUGGAUCCCCUCAAGGAUCGCAUAUUGCGUCGCCGAGUUUAUGCCGGCUGCAAGCCGCCCCAGAUUCGCUGCUUCCUCGGUGUGAGCCUUUGUGUGCAGAUGAUAAAAUUUCCACUCUUCGAGCCACUGCUGGUCUGGGCGCUGGCAACGAAGCUGGUGCCUUUCACCUCGCCGUUGGCUCGGGCGGCUCUCGCGGGCGUGGCUUUCGCAGUUGCCACACUGCCUUUCACCAACUUCCGCAUGGCUGCCUCGAACCGAUCGUACCGAAGCCGCGGUGGAACGCUGAGGUCCUUCGUGCCCACCGUCGCACGGGAUACAGUCUACGCCGUGGCGCGGGUGGCGCUUCCAGCCGUCAUCGCGAGUAAGUGUGGCGCUGAGAUGGCGCUGUUCUGGACGGUUUUCACAGCUUGUCUUCUCGCAGCGCCUUUUAACGAGUUCAGAGAUUUUUCGCUGGCGAAUCGCAAAGCUUCGGAGUUCUUCUUGCCCUUCAAGGGGGCUGUCUUCGCGGUGAUCCGCAGUGCUCUUCAGGCUGUGUCAUUGGUGUUGGGCUACCGCUAUGCGCCCAUUGCUGUGCAGCAGGUCACUGAAACAUUGGGCCAAUGGCACAGCACCAAAGUUUUCAUGGCCCACUGGAAGGUGCUGCCCGAGAUGCAGCUCUGGGCAUUGGCAGGCAUCGGGUCCCUGGUCAUGCUCAUGGGCUGCGUGCUGCUCACGCAGUUCAAGCGUUUGCGGCGAUCUCAACCUGAAAUCCUCCGAGAAUUCCUGAUGGAGAGCUGA